GGAAUACAGUAUUGGGGGUGAGAGAAGGGUUGGAUAGAAGAGGGUCGGGUAUCUGGACAUGCGCAGGGCCGCGGGACUCUUGGUGGGGUAGCGAGGGGAACGGUCCCACGACUGCUCCCAAGGGCCGGAACUCCCAGUGGGGGCGGGACCCCAGGACUCCCAAGCCUGGAGCCUGGGGAGAGGGUGGGCACCUCUGCUCCCGCACACCCGUGCAUGGUGUGUGCGCCAAGCGUCCAGGAGCCACGGCGGUGUCUUCCCUGCGCGUCGUUUACACGUGUGGGGGUAGGCGGCUCCCCGGGACUGAGCUGUGGCCAGGUUUAUGGAGAGGCCCGCCUCUCCCCAGAUGGCAUCGUCGAGCCCUGACUCUCCAUGUUCCUGCGACUGCUUUGUCUCUGUGCCCCCGGCCUCAGCCAUCCCAGCUGUGAUCUUUGCCAAGAACUCGGACCGACCCCGGGACGAGGUGCAGGAGGUGGUGUUUGUCCCCGCAGGCUCUCACACUCCUGGGAGCCGGCUCCAGUGCACAUACAUUGAAGUGGAACAGGUGUCGAAGACGCACGCUGUGAUUCUGAGCCGUCCUUCUUGGCUAUGGGGGGCUGAGAUGGGCGCCAACGAGCAUGGUGUCUGCAUUGGCAACGAGGCUGUGUGGACGAAGGAGCCAGUUGGGGAGGGGGAAGCCCUGCUGGGCAUGGACCUGCUCAGGCUGGCUUUGGAACGGAGCAGCUCUGCCCAGGAGGCCUUGCAUGUGAUCACAGGCUUACUGGAGCGCUAUGGGCAGGGGGGCAGCUGCCUGGAGGACCCUGCGCCAUUCUCCUACCACAACACCUUCCUGCUGGCUGACCGCACAGAGGCAUGGGUGCUGGAGACAGCUGGGAGGCUCUGGGCUGCACAGAGGAUCCAGGAGGGGGCCCGCAACAUCUCCAACCAGCUGAGCAUUGGCACGGACAUCUCGGUCCAACACCCAGAGCUGCGGAGUCAUGCCCAGGCCAAGGGCUGGUGGGAUGGGCAGGGUGCCUUUGACUUUGCUCAGGUCUUCUCCCUGACCCAGCAGCCUGUGCGAAUGGAGGCUGCCAAGGCCCGCUUCCGGGCAGGGCAGGAGCUGCUGCAGCAAUGGCAAGCUUCCCCUCUACUCCUUGGCAGGGGGCAUCACAGCAGAGGUGAUGAUGGGCAUCCUCAGGGACAAGGAGAGUGGUAUCUGCAUGGACUCGGGAGGCUUUCGCACCACGGCCAGCAUGGUGUCUGUCCUGCCCCAGGAUCCCACACAGCCCUGCGUGCACUUUCUUACCGCCACGCCAGACCCAUCCAGGUCUGUGUUCAAACCUUUCAUCUUUGGGGUGGGGGUGGCCCAGGCCCCCCAGGUGCUAUCCCCCACUUUUGGAGCACAGGACCCUGUUCGGACCCUGCCUCGAUUCCAGACUCGGGUAGAUCGCCGGCACACCCUCUAUCGUGGACACCAGGCAGCCCUGGGGCUGAUGGAGAGUGAUCAGGAUCGAGGGCAGCAGCUCCAGCAGAAACAGCAGGAUCUGGAGCAGGAAGGCCUCAAGGCCACACAGGGGCUGCUGGCCAGUGAGUGGGCCCCAUCCCUCCAGGAGCUGGGCAGCCUCUUCCAGGCCUUCGUGAAGAGGGAGAGCCAGGCUUAUGCAUAAGCUUCAUAGCUUCUGCUGGCCUGGGGUGGGCCCAGAACCCCUCGGACCAACUGCCCUGAGUGGUGGUGAAGUUGGAGCAAUCCCUUCAUGCUCCUUGGCCAUGUUCUGAGCAGCCAGCUUGGCCUUAGCCUUAAUAAAUGUGCUUUAUUUUCUCUUCAGU